AUGGUUUUUGGACUAUGCCGUACAUUUCUACUAUCUAUUGUUAUUUCACCAUCAUCUUGCAAUAUGUUAUCUAUAACAACGCUCGGCACAAACUAUUUAUCAAAACAAUCAUCUUUUACUCAUUUUGAAGAUUUAUCAAACGAAGUGAUUUAUGAAAUAUUAGAAUUUCUUGAUUAUUUUCAUAUUUAUCAAUCAUUUUAUAAUCUUAAUUCAAGAUUUCGAAAAUUCUUGACUUGCUCAAAUUUUCCUAUCAAAAUCAACAUUUCAUCUAUAUCACGAUCAAAUUUUCAGGAUUACUACACUGAUAUUAUCAUUCCCUAUCAACAUCGAAUUACUUCAAUUUGUAUACGAAAUUUAUUUUUUAAUUGUGAUGUCUCAUUACAUAUUAUUCUAUCAAAAUUUAUUCAAUUGGAAAGACUUAUCCUUGAAAAUAUAAGUUCAGAAUAUGUAGAAAAUAUUCUUAAAGACAUUGCUUGUUUGCCUAAUCUUUCUUCAUUGGUUAUCAUUGUUGAAGAUCAUGUUAAAAAUGUAAAUGAAUGUUAUCUUGAUAUAUUUCGUUUACUUAAAUUGAAAUACUGUAAAAUAUCAUUGGGAAAUUAUAAUUUCAUAUCUGAUUCGCUCCCUUAUGCUACUAAUGAAUUUAGUUCAAUUGAACAACUUGUUAUUAAACAUGAAGUUUAUUUCAAAGCUAUUCAUAGAUUAUUAUCAUAUGUUCCACAACUUCGUCGUUUAUCGCUUAAUUAUUCUUAUAAUCACUAUGACAGAAAUCAACCAAGUCAACCAAUUAUAUUAAAUUCUUUAACACAUUUGUUUCUUAAAUUAAAUAAAGUCAGUUAUGAUGAACUCGAACAAUUGACUAAGACGUUUUUCUGUAAAACUCAAGUUUUAUAUCUGCAUGUAACAAAUUGUCAAGAAUAUAUUAAUAUCAAUGAUAAUCGAUGGAAACAAUUAAUAUUAUCUCAUAUGCCGUUUUUACGUGUUUUUGAUCUUUACAUUGAUUAUCAUAUUCAUCAAAUAGGUGAAUUGCAAUCAAAAGAAUCUAACUCUCCAUUAUGGAUCAACCGACAAUGGGUUUUUAAUCAUGGAAGUAGUUAUUCAACAAAUUCGUAUAGGAGAAAAAAAUAUAUAUUAAAAACAACAAUAAAUCAACAGAUUGAUUUAAAUUAUCAAGAAACUAAUCUGAAUUCAGUUCGUCAUGUCUGUUUGUGGGGUAGAGUAGCAAUAGAUAAUUGUACCUAUCGCUUUCCUAAUGCGACUGAUCUUACUCUUGAAUGUAUUUCUUUGGAAAAAUUAAAUAACACUAUCACUACUCUCAAACAUUUAAUUCCUUGGGAAAAUCUUACUAAACUAGAGAUCAAUUCUCAAUCGAAUUCGUUGGAAAUAUUGAUAAGAGUGUUACCAUUAACACCAACUAUUGUCACAGCAAAAAUUGAUCGUGUUGUAGUGGAUUCAAAAGAUUUUGUAGCAAUUCGAAAUCGUGCAAGUUUUCGGUUAGCAUCGAGUGUAAACAUUAUUCGAAAUUUAACUGUGGACGAAAUAAAUGAAGUAGAAGAAGCUAAAUUAUUGUUUAUUUUAUGCCCUCGAUUACAACAUUUCACAAUUACUGGAACUAAAACUGCAUGUGCUGCACCAAUAGUACGUUCACUACUUUCAAAAGAUAAUGAAUAUACUCGUCAUCUAAUUUCAUUGUGUGUUCCAGCUGACAAUUCAAGAUAUUUGGGUAAAAUGGAAGAAUUAAGUCAAGCAAAAAAAUUACUUUACGAUUGUCUUGUAAAAGUUAAUUAUCGGCACGUAUUUCUCUGGCGAUGA